AGUAUAAAAAUGCAUUGCCAACCCGAGGACUUCCAAGCAUUCAAAGUGUGUUUUUUGAACCAGUUCAAAAUGAAAUAAAAAAAUAUUUAACUUUGGAAUCCGCCUCAGUUCAAAGUAUCCAAAUAUCACAAAGUAUCCUAUAUCGCGCAUGUUCAUUUGAAUUAACUUUGCUUCCUGCUGCACACGAAUAUACAGAUGGAUAUCUUGAGGAUGAAUAUGAUGCGUUACAAGCUUCGCUUGAAAAUCUUUUGAACAUGGUCAACCGUGAAGAUAUUCUUGAAACUUGGAAAGUUUCUUUAUUUGAUUACCAUAGUCAUAGCUAUCCCCAUUAUGUUAUUCUUUUAAGAGACAAUACGCAUCUUUGUACCUGUCUAUAUAUUAUUUCUAAUAGUUUUUAUUGCAGACAUUUCUUUAGUGUUUUUAAAAUGUCUCGCAAUGCGAAGUUUGAUAUUAAACUUAUAUCUAAACGUUGGUACACCGAUCCAAUGCAAGCAUCAGACUAUUCUAUGAUUGAAGGCACGGCUAUUGAAGAAAUCGAUUCAAAUGAACAAAUGAAUCAGUUGAUUUCUAUUCGUGGUCCCAAUGCAUAUCAAGCUAGUAUUCAUACUAGCAUUACACAAAAACAAGAAUAUGCAUAUGGUUUUGGUGUAGCUAAAAGUGGACUAAAAUUUGCCCUUGAUAAUGGAUUAGUUGACGAAUUUGCAGAAUUGAUAGAGAAAUUUAUUGAAAAUCAUACUGAUGUUGAUGCUAAUAAUCGGAUGACGAUUGAAGUUACUCGAAUUGAAAAUCCAAAAAAAUUGAAGCACAAAGGACAUCCAAAAAUUCCGAAAUCUACACAAAUCGUUCAAGAUCUGAAUGCAGAAAAUUUAAAUGAAAGACAAAAUUUGAAUACAAAGCGAAGUUUAAGUUCACAGGAAGAUAAAUCAGAUAAAUCGAGACAAAUAAUUGAAACAGAUACUGAAGAUAAAGAAGAGUUUGAAGAAAGGUCAAAAAAACGAAAUGAAUUAGGUGGAGAAAAUUCUACACGAAGAACAGAUACUCGUCACUGUGGCAAUUGUUAUGGAACUGGACACUAUUCUUCUAUGUGUCAAUUUCCUAAAGACCAUUUUAGAUAA